AUGAGUUCGUUUUUCCCACCUGAUUCUUCAUCUGUAUUGCAGCAAGAUGUUAAUUAUAUUCCAGCAAAUAUCGAUAAAAAUAACGCUUUGAAAACUUGUAAUACAGAUGGGUUAAGUGCUAAUUACGCAAACCAUAGUACUUCACAAUCGAGUUUUUUCCCAACAACUAACCUAGUUAAUAAUACGCAUAGUAACAGCAACGUUGAUUUUAGCCUUUUGCGUUCUGCCAGUGGUACUUCUAGUCCUUUGAUGAAUAAAUCUAUGUUAUUACAAAGAUCAUCCUUUUUCAUUGACCAAUUGAACAAAAAUAAUAAUAAUUGUGCUCCUAUUUCCAAUAAUCAAGUUGCAUCACCAAUGCUCGCUACUCCAUUACCGAGUAAUUUGAAUUCAGUGCCCAAUACCAUUCCAUAUAUGAAUACUACUACUAAUACCGCCGCCACCACUACUGAUAAUAAUAAUAACAACAACAAUACUAAUAUUACUAAUGGACCGCUUACUUCCGUUACUACUUCAAUUAACAAUACUGUUGUAGCUCCGGGUUCCAACGUUUCUACCCCAAAGUUGAAUAACAAUGUUGCUUCGUUUAACCAAUUUGGACACUCAAUUUCCUAUCCUCAACAAGUGGACUCUCAAUCACUUCAUACACCGUCUUCCUUAUCUAAUUUGAACUGGAAAAAUCAAAUUAAUGCAUCUAAUAAUUACAUUGACAAUAGUAGCAGUAACUUGUUUCCAUCUAGGUCACACACACCAAUCAUUCAAAAUCCUCAUCAACAACAUCCGAUUUUAAAUUCGCCAGUGAUUGCUAACUUCAACAACAACAACAACAACAACAACAACAACAACAACAGUACGUUGAUUACUCAACCAUUUCUGCAAGGACAAACAGUUCCAUCUAUAUCACAACAGCCCUUGCAACUUAAGAAACAUCUUGAACAAAUUCAGCUUAUUUCUCAGUGGAAAUAUUUGGAUUUUAACGGUGAUUUGCAAGGUCCGUUUCCAUCUAGCAAUAUGAGUAGUUGGUUUCAGUGUGGUUAUUUUAAUAGUACAUUGCGUAUUUGUCGUGUUUUUUCGAAGGAUGAUCCACCUUUUUUACUUUUGCCAUUUGGUAUUACUAAUGAGGCCUUUAUGCCAUUAGGACAUUUGUGUGUUUGUACUAAUAACUCUGUAGACCCAUUUGGUUCUUUUGAUUUAAUUAUAUCUGCGUUUGUUACACAAUUCAAAGAAAAUCAGACUGCUGAUGAUAUUGUGGGAAGUAGAGAUUAUACCUAUGCCGAACUAUUGAAUUGGAAAGACCCCAAAGAUGGAUCUUAUUAUCGUGAAAUCAGUGUUUUGUAUCCUAUUCAAAGAAAAUACAAGGAAGAAUUAAUUGACUGGCCUGCUCCAGAAGUAUUGAUUGAAAAGACUGAGAAAAAUGAAGAGGACCCUAAAUCUGACCAGGCAUUAGAGAGUCAGGACUCAGUUUAUUCAGAAAAUGAAAUCACGCAACAACAAGAGGGAGUUAAUUUGGCAACCAAUACUAUGGCCGAAAUAAAAGAUGAGAAUGUAAAUGUUGAGGCUGCUAAUUUGAAAAUUAUUACUAAAACUGAGGACGAAGUCGAAAAGGAUGAGAACAAAACCAAUAAAAAUUCGAUUGGUAAACAAAAAUUGUUUGAAAAAUCAAUUGAUGAUAUUGUGGCUGAAAUUGGUGAAACUAAAUUUAUUGAAGAAGAUAACGACGAUAAUCACAAGAAGAAGAAGAAGAAAACAAAGAAAACUAAAAAGAAGAAAACAAAGAAGUCUAAAGAAAAAUCACCAUCACCAAAGGUGUCAAAUAAGAAUGACGAUGUUGAUACUGAAAAUCAAGUAGAAGUAACAGAAGAUUUCGAUGAAGACACUGAGGAACAACCCGCAUCUCUGGCUCCAUGGGCUAAAGUUUUUCAAAAAAAACAACAAGCACCAAAAGAAACAUUUUUAGAUGUCCAAAAGAGAGAGAGUGAAAUGUUCCGGGAAAAAGAAAAGAAAUUAAAGGAAGAAAACACUCGCAGACUAAAGGAAACCAUUCUAAAUAUGAAUAAGGAAGAAGAAAUAAAAAAGAAAAGUAAUAUUACAAAUAUCGCUAGAUGGGGGUCCACCGACUUUCAAAAACCAAAAGAACCCAAGAAAGGUAUAGUUAGUUUCGAAGAGCAAAUGAAACUUGACUUACAAAACUCAAAUUUUAUUAAGGAGCAACAAAGACUAUGGGAGGAAGCUACGCGUGCUGCUGCUGCCAAAAAUUCUAGCGCCCCUUUAGCUUCUUCUACUUCUUCUUCUUCUUCUUCUUCUUUCACCAAGACUACUAGUGCUAACAAUGCUGUGAAUGGUGCUGGUUCUUCCUGGGUCACUGUUAGCUCUAAAAAAACAAUUACGCCAGUUAAAAGCCAACAACAAAUAUUUAAACAGCACACUAACGUUAUUACUCCUGAUAAGUUACGUAGCAGUAGUAUGAAUAAUACACCUAGUGCUUCUUUAUCCAAUGGUGGAUCUGUAGUUUCUUACUCAGGUAACGGCACUAAUAGCAAUGAAGCGGCACGCAACUCGCAACGUCAUGAUUUUUUAAGUUGGUGUAAUUCGCGAUUAAAAUUAAAUGAUGGUGUUAGGGUUAAUGAUAUUUUGGAAGUUUUAUUAAGUUUACCUAGUGGCGAUGAGUCUAAAGAGAUUAUUACCGAUACUAUUAAUUCCAAUAGUUCUGUUAUGAACGGUAGUAGAUUUUCUGUUGAAUUUUUAAAAAGACGCAAACUUGUUGAACAAAAUACAACUGACCCAUUAUCUUGGACCGAAGCUUUGUCAUUAUUUAACGCUGGUAAGGAUACAGAAUGGGAUUUUCAAGUUGUUUCUAGUAAGAAAAAGAAAAAGGGCACUCGUUAA